GAUGCUCGGCCUACUGGUGAAGCUCAAGGAGCUGAAGUCUGAAGUUGCUCAUCUCUGACCUCUCUCUGUCUGGGUCACAGAGCUCAACCUGAACCAAAUGUCGGACACAGAGGAAGUAGCGGCCGAGGAGGCUCAAGAGGGAGAAGAUGAAUCCAAACCCAAACCCAAGUUUAUGACAAACAUAGCGGCCCCCAAGAUGCCCGAUGGGGAAAAAGUGGACUUUGAUGACAUCUACAGAAAGCGACAGGAGAAAGAUCUGGCUGAGCUGCAGGCCUUGAUUGAGGCUCACUUUGUCCAGAGGAAGAAAGAGGAAGAGGAGCUCAUCGCCCUUGUUAACAGAAUCGAGAAACGUCGUACUGAGAGAGCCGAGCAGCAGAGAAUCAGGGCAGAGAGGGAGAAGGAGAGGCAGGCCAGACUUGCUGAGGAGAAGGAGCGCAAGGAGCAAGAGGAACAACGUAAAAAGCAGGAUGAUGAUGCCAAGAAGAAGAAAGCCCUCUCAAACAUGAGUCAGCAGUACGGCUCUGGACAAAAGAGUGACACCAGGAAAGGAGGGAAGAAGCAAACUGAGAGGGAGAAGAAGAAGAAGAUCCUGGCUGAGCGCAGGAAGCCUCUCACUGUUGAUCAUAUGAAUGAGGACAAACUUAAGGAGAAGGCCAAGGAGCUGUGGGAUUCGCUCAGAGGCUUGGAGUCUGAGAAGUUUGAUCUCAGUGAGAAACUUAGAAGACAGAAAUAUGAUAUUAAUCAGCUUCUCUGCCGAGUUCAAGACCACCAGAGUGCCAAAGGCCGCGGUAAGGGCAAGAUGGGCGGACGGCUGAGGUAAAGCUGCAGCGAGAGCGAAUCCAGGAAUCCCAGUAGAUGAACUGAUCAAAUACUUGGGGUUCUGUUUAUUUUCUUGUUGUCUUGGGAGUAAAUGUCAACCAUCAUGAAAUCAAAAGAAUAAAUAAGUCACUUC